GAGCACCGCCAAUUGGACAGCUUUAGAUGCCUCACUAAUUUUCACUUCCGUCAUCAGAUAGAGCCUCACUUUCCAGCUCUCGGUGUGUAUAAUCCGUCCAACCCGGCGAAAAUGGAGCGCCAUCGCCAAGCUGUGCGGCUCAUCGCCACAACGGUGCGGGGGUACUUUGACAAGUCGGUCCCGUUCCGGAUCAUGCACGGCAGCACAAAUUCGACGAGGCCGACGCACCUGAAAUCACAGGCUCGAUUCGUGGACAUCAGCGCCUUAAAGAAUGUCCUAGAGGUCGACACGACGCGGCAUGUGGCUCUCGUGGAGCCUAACGUGCCCAUGGAUAGGCUCGUGGAAAGCACACUCAAACACGGUCUCGUGCCGCCUGUAGUCAUGGAAUUUCCAGGAAUUACGGCCGGCGGCGGGUUUGCCGGCACAGCGGGGGAGAGCAGCUCAUUCAAACAUGGGUACUUCGACCAGACCGUCAACGCCGUCGAGAUGAUCCUUCCCGACGGUGAGAUCGUGGUCGCGAAGCCAGGGAGAAAUAGGCUGCGCAACGGCGGAACUGGAGACUUGGCCAAUACUAAGCUUGGGCCAGGAGAGGACCCAGAGAAGUACGCUGAUCUCUUCGACGGGGCUGCGGGCGCCGUUGGUACCCUCGGCGUCACGACACUUCUCGAACUCCAGCUCAUUGAGGCGAAACGCUUCGUGCGGACAACAUAUCGCCGGACGACCACCGCUGCCGAGGCCAUCCGCGUCGUCAAGGAAGAAUGCCGGAACCCAAGGAACGACUAUGUUGACGGUAUGCUAUUCUCGGAGGGUCACGGUGUCAUCGUUACCGGUGAGAUGACGGAUGAACUCCCGGCUGGUGAGAAGGUGCGCACUUUCAGCCAUGCCUGGGACCCGUGGUACUACAUGCACGUGCGAAAUAUCACCAAGGGGCUCACCUCCUCCGCAUCGCCUACUUCUCAGUCCAGUUCGUCAUCACCACAAGGCACCAUUACAGAAUACAUCCCGCUCGCAGAGUAUUUAUUUAGGUAUGAUCGUGGUGGCUUCUGGGUAGGCGAGGCGGCUUUCGACUACUUCUGGCCCGUGCCAUUCACGCGCUUUUUCCGAUGGUUCCUCGACGAUUUCCUCCACACGCGGAUGCUUUAUCGUGCGCUCCACGCCAGUGGGGAGAGCGCUCGGUUUUUCGUCCAGGAUCUUGGCAUCCCGUAUGAUACUGCUGAAGAGUUCAUCAAGUACACAACAAAGUCUCUGGGCAUUUGGCCACUGUGGCUCUGUCCCCUUAAGACACCCAAAGGCCCUAGUUUCCAUCCGCAUGUGCGUCAAUCAUCGUCCCCCGACACUACCGAAAUGCUGAACAUCGGCGUAUGGGGCUGGGGACCGAAGAAUAAGGAGGACUUCGUACGCGUGAACCGCGCCCUCGAGGACAAGGUCAACGAGCUCGGUGGCAUGAAGUGGCUAUACGCCCACACGUAUUACAGCGAGCCCGAGUUCUGGGACGCCUUUGGUGGGCGCCCCGCCUACGAGGCGCUGCGAGAAAAGUACCGCGCCACUAGCCUGCCGAGCGUCUACGACAAGGUAAAGGUCAGAGAGGAUACGGCGGACAAAGGCUGGAAGCCAUUUAUCAAGGGCCUGUGGCCCGUGGGUGGUUUAUACGGGAUCUGGAAGGGUAUCCAGAGCAAGGAUUACAUGCUUCAUCGCCACACUACAUGGAGAUGGCGGUCUGGUAGUGAGAAGGAGAAGACGGCUUAAUGAUGUAGAAUGCAGAGGGAAGUCUGCUUGAUGAGUGUUGUUGAAGACUGGCUUAAUAGCCAGAGCGGGUUUCAAUGAAGGGAACUAGAGGAUAGAUGGAUGACCUGCAGCAUUAAAUGGAUGCUCCGCAUGGUAAAUCAGCAUGUUUUGUACAUAUAUAGGUCAUUUAUGUUUGAGCAUGGUUCAUAAACAUCUGCUUAGUAGACGAGGAGACAGAAAAAUCUGGUAAACUGAGUCACAGUGAUCUUUGCUUUCUCCCUCUGCCAGAAAGCCUUGAUCAUUACGCUCUAAGAUAGAGUAUCAUCACUUACAGGAAACAUACACAAACAUUUUCGUUCUUCAUUGUUGAGCAAGAUGGUAACGGUCCCAAGACCGUUGCAAGAUACAAUAUUGAAAUUUCCAUUCACAUAUCAUACAACCUGUCCUUAUGUAUAGAUGUGCAUGACCCUUUUGCUUUAAAUGCAUUUCAUAGCUUUAUGUGUAUUGA